AUGUCUAACCAAAAUGAAAGCUAUCCCACUCGACGCACUCCUGCUGAGAGAGAGAUGACAAACUCUCUUGCCAUCUUGCAUCGUGACAUGACCACUGUCAUGAAAGACGUUGCUGAUAUCAAAGCAAAAACUUCGAACACUCCUGUGUCUGCUGUUUUGCAGAGUCAGCCAAUGGCUUUAGUGCAUGCUGUUGCUCCUGUGAGCAUGGAAAUGAAUGUAGCUGAUUUUUCCACCAUGGCUUCUGAUGCAAAAUCAGUCAACAAAACAAAAGCCUAUAGACUUCUUCGGGAGCAUUUGUGGGACCCUAAGUUCAAGUCAAAACAUUUGGCUGAAAUUCAAGCCAACAAUGGCAAGCCAAGAAAUUUCGUAGGAGCAGGACUGAGAAAAAGUGAUGUUCGUGACUUUGUCUAUACGAACUUCACUAGCAGAAAGCGUGCAGCUAAUAAGUCUCAGGCUAAAAAGAAGUCAGACAAUGCUCGCAACAGAAGGAGUAGCCGCGAAAAGGAGCACUUGAAACGUCGCAAAACAGCGUACCAGUCUAACAAGUCUGCUAUUGAUGACGAGAUGAAAAGAGAUUGCUCUGGUCUCAUUAUAGAAGAGGCUAUGUCUGUUGGUGAGUCAGACGAUGGCACUUUGCCUCAUGUUUCUUAUAGUGGGCUUUGUCUUCGUCGUUCAGGUUGGAGAAGUGAUGAGUACAACCACUUCAUCACACUUGUUGACAACAAAGUGGUAGCUGAUUUAGGCUUAAAUAGCCAUCAAUUGCUGUCACGUGCUUUUGGCGAAACCGUUGAAGGACCAGUCCCUGAUGCAAUUGCAUCACAGUUUCCUCAGUGGGCUCUUAGAAACGGGCCCUAA